AUGAUAAUAUCUCCAAUACAUAGUUUUACACCAGAACCCAUGGUAGGAUCACCAUCAGUUGUACCAAAGAAUGAUGUAAUACCAGCACAGACAUCAUUUCACUUUGCAAUAAUUCCUAUAGAAUGUCGAUAUUUUUUCAAAACAAUAAAACAAAAAUGUACAUUUGAAGCUAUUAAAGCUCAUCAAAACUUACUCGAGAAAAGAUACAAAACACUGGAAAAUGAAAGAGAAAAUAAAUUACAUUCAUGUUUUGAAAAACAAGAAUGGACUUCAACAAUAUCAUUCGUAAAGAAUACUAUCGAGAAAGUGCUUGAAAAUAAGAAGAAAAACGAUCAAAGAAGAUUAGAUAAUCUUCUACUAGACCAAAUACGAGAAAAAGCAACACUAGAAAUAAAAAAUACAGGAACACAAUCAGAGCAACAACACAUACAGCGUUCGCAUGAAAAAUUCAUGAGAACACUAGAUAUAAAAUUACAGUUAGAUAAGAUAGAAAAGAGAUUUGUGGAAAAUAUGCCACCACCAUCGUUAAACAUAUUCGAUAAAUUAGAACUAUAUGGAAAAGAACUAAAAUCGAACGAUAACGUUUUAAGUUCACUACGUGAACAGUGGAAAAGCAUACUUAGAAAAACAAAACUAGACUUAACAGCAUUAAUGAGACAAGCUAAAGUAGCUGAACUA